UUACGUUCAACCCGUCUCAGAAGCAAGUGCAAUAGCUCGACCUGAAUUUAUCGAGGUACGUGGUUCAGUUUUACGGUGGUCUCUCCACAGUUUCAGGGACCAGGGUACUCUUUACAUCAGCUCAAGAUGUCAAUCUUAUCCCGGAAACUUUUCUAUUCAGGGACAGUUUUUAUCAAUGGAUGCAGAGUUACAAGAAUUCAACCUAAAUCUACCUAUAGUCGAGUUGGAAUCCUCGGAGCAUGCUUCGACCAGGGUCAACCUCACCAGGGGGUUGGAGAAGCACCAAAUCUAAUCAGAGAGGCCGGAUUGAUCUCAAAAUUAAAGGAAAAAGGAUUUGAGGUUAUUGACCAUGGAGAUAUUUCUAGACCCAGGGUAGACGGCAAAAGAAAGCAGAAGGAUGUUCUUGAUUUCAAUCGCGUGGUUUCGGAGAAGGUUGAGAAGAUACUGGGACAGGAUUCAUUCUGUCUUACUUUAGGCGGUGAUCAUUCAAUCGGUCUGGGUACAGUAGCUGGACAUCUUGCAGCUGACCCUGAAGCGGUUGUUCUUUGGGUAGAUGCUCAUGCAGAUAUCAAUACAGUGUCCAGUUCAAAUACUGGGAACAUGCAUGGAAUGCCUGUUAGCUUUAACAUUAAAGAACUACAAAAAGAGAACUCAAAAAAACUGGAGGGAUUGGAAUGGUUAAAUCCCAGUCUUUCUCCGUCCAGGCUAGCGUAUAUAGGUUUACGUGAUGUGGAGGGGGUGGAGUGGUCCUAUAUCCAAAAGUUUAGUAUUCCUUGCUUCCCUAUGCAAGCUAUAGACAGGAUAGGGAUAGUCAAUGCUGUAGAAUCUGCUCUUAAUAUAGUGGAUCCACUCAAGAAAAGAAAAAUUCAUAUGAGCUUUGAUAUUGAUGUUUUGGAUCCAGCAGAAGCUCCUGCAACAGGUACCAAAGUCCGUGGAGGUCUAACUCUGAGAGAAGCUUUGACCCUUUGUGAGAUAGUUCAUGACACUGGUCGAUUGACUGGCCUGGACUUGGUGGAAGUCAACCCGGAGCUCGCUACAUGCAAGCAGGAUUUAGACAAAACAAUGGAGGCUGCUUUAGAGGUCAUUUUGGCAGCUCUUGGCAAACCCUGAUUCUUAUAACAUCCACAAUUAUCAAAGAACUUUUCACAAAAUGCAAAAAUCAAUUGUUUCUGAGGACCUAAUCAUUUGGUUUUCUAAAUCUUCUUGUGCAACUAUUAUCAAAGAUGAAUUAUACUCUAGCUUACUAUGAGAAACUUGUGAGCUAAUCAAACAUCAAAUUUUGUGUGUUAUUUUCAAGUUUAUAGAGAACAGUAAAAAAUGAAUCGCAUACAUAAGAUAUGGAUUAUGUAAAAAAGGAAUACAUAAACUAAUCAUAUAUUAACAAUUUGGGCGGGCUUGUCAUAAAUCCUCUAAUUUAAUAGCUGUGACAUAUUAAAAAAAAUCUUUAUUUUAUAAUAAUCUUUAAAAUAAAUCUCAUCGCUCA